AUGGACCUACACCAGCUGGAGACUAUUCACAAGAGGAACCCACAACCCUCAACACCAACCACCUUGACUGCCGCCAGGGAUCUCCUAAGGCGACUGACCCUGCACGAUACCUCAAAAGCCCUAAUGUGGCUCAACCAAAAAUACUAUGAAAAAGGAAAUAAGGCAGACUCCAUGCUAUCCCGGCACCUAAAACAUUGCAUAGAAUCCAAACGAAUCUCGCAGGUUCGCACCCCAAAGGAAACCCUCAGUAACUUCCCAGAACAGAUGGGGGAAGUGUUUCAAAGAUACUUUGAGAACCUAUACAAUCACAUCCCCCUCAACCCCACCAAGGCAACGGAGAACCAAGUCCUCACAGUAAAUUUCCUCAAGGACCUAAGCCACUGA